CGUUCGCGGCAGCAGUUAGACUGCAGCGAGCGGCUGGGUGUUGACGUUGUCAAGGCUGUCAAGGCUCUCUUAACUCGCGCACUAUGUCUGGUCGCGGCAAGACGGGAGGCAAGGCCCGUGCCAAAGCCAAGUCGCGCUCAUCGCGCGCAGGCCUUCAAUUCCCAGUAGGCCGUGUUCAUCGGUUGCUGCGGAAGGGCCAUUACGCCGAGAGAGUGGGGGCCGGUGCGCCUGUGUACCUGGCGGCGGUGCUCGAGUACCUCACCGCGGAGAUCCUGGAGCUGGCGGGCAACGCGGCCCGCGACAACAAGAAGACACGCAUCAUCCCCCGUCACCUGCAGCUGGCCAUCCGCAACGACGAGGAACUCAACAAGCUACUGGGCGGCGUGACAAUCGCCCAAGGAGGCGUCCUGCCCAACAUCCAGGCCGUGCUGCUGCCCAAGAAAACCAGUGCCACCGUAGGGCCGAAAGCGCCGGCGGGCGGCAAGAAGGCCACUCAGGCCUCUCAGGAGUACUGAGCGGCGCCUGCUCUGCCCCCGCGGGAGCCCGAGCCAACCUGUGCUACCACAAAGGCCCUUUUAAGGGCCACCACA